CAAUGUCAACUAUCCUCCCGAUUUCUCCCUUUUGUUAUAGUCAUUUAAAUUUUGUAUAUCAAUGAAAUUAACUUUUUAUUUGUUAAUAUUUUCAUAUUAAUUACCAUCUGGUGGUGUUGUACUUUGUUGGCAAAGAUCAUGAUAUUUUAAACUUUAGACUUUAGGUUUAAUAUGAUGAAGACUACAGGCUUAGGUUCUCAUCGACCGCUUUCGGGGCAGCUAUACAAAUACACUAAUGUAGUAAAAGGAUGGCAGCAGCGAUGGUUUGCGGUGGAUCCGGAGACUGGAGUACUUUCUUAUUAUCUUUUCGAUGGUCCUGGUGAUACUAUCCAGCCAGGACAACCUGCUCGAGGGGAGGCACAUUUAGCUGCAGCGGUGAUAUGUCCAAGUGACGAGGACUCUCGUACGUUCACCAUCAACUGCGCUUCAGGAGACAUGCUAAAGCUCCGCGCUACUGACGCCAGAGCGAGGCAGGAGUGGGUGAAUGGGCUUAGAGCUAUAGCUGAGAUACACACAAAAGCGAUGGGCGCGAACCCGCCACUGCAGCCGCGCGAGCAGCUUGCGGUGCACGACGCCAUGGCCUCCGCGCGGCAACAGCUGCAGGCCACCGAGCUCAGUGACGCAGCUUUGGCGAGAUGCAUUGAAUCAUCAGAUUCACCUUUUCCACAUACAGACCCAGAUCUCUUACUUUUAAAGGCGACGUCGGCGGCCAGCAUGCAGUGUCUGCUGCAGUGCCUCGGCAUCCUGCACCGCCAGCAGCAGUGCGCCACGCUCAGCGGCCCCAAGCACGACCACUGACUGCUCACCAGCACUCACCAUCCAGAGACAAUGAACUCCAAACCAUAGGCGUCACUAUGAUUCCAGUGGCCGGUAAAAAGAAUAAGGAGCCAAAUCAAUUUGUUUUACAGUAAAUAAAUUUAGUAUUCAUGAAUGCGAACAAUGAGUUUGCAUCUGCUAGGAAAGUAGAAAGAAUCUGCUAGAAAGAACAAUAUAAGCAUUUAAGGAGCCAAAGAUUCACACGUGGCUCUGGAGCCUCAAUUGAAGAUCAUUGAGGGAUUAAGUGGAAAGACCAGGCCGUUAGUCAGGGAAGGGUACCAAGGAGAGCGGGCGGUUAGUAGUAAAAUCGCUAUACUGUAAAGAGAAUUCUUUAAUGAUAAACAGAUAAGUUAAUUUUUAGGGUUACCGGCUCUAUUUUAACCUAACCUGCACUACUCAAGGGUCUGUGGAUUGUAGAAAUAACAAUUUUGGUCUCUAGAGGGGCAACUGCCCCCUCGUGGGGACGCCCACGCUCUUUUCUUACUCUAUGGUGCGAGUGUUUGUGUCUAUGGUGAUACAAGUGUCAUUCUCAUUAAAUUGUAGUUUGUUAUAAUUAAAUACUUUAAGUAUUCAAAUUAAAUAUAAUUAAUAUAUAGAGUUAUGCAAAUUUGAUAGCUGGUUAAAUAAAUAAAUGUUAAUUUGGACAAUGUAGAUUAUUAUUUUUCAUCGU